CUGCUGCAGUGGAUGCUCCUCAGUGGAGGAGAUCUGAGCAUCUCACAGGCAUUUUUCCAGCCUUUCUUUCCUUGCAGCUCUCGUUCUUUCUGCUGCCCUUCCGUCCGCCGUCGGGGCUUCUGGAUAAAUGUGAUGGAAAAGUGAGGAGAGAAACCUCGAGCUCAGGAAGUCUUUAAUCGCACAGCUCUGCCAUCGUCUGCUGUCUCCGGGUGAAUCCCCUGCCUCUCGAUGCCUCCUGCGGCUUUCGGACCAGCGGUAUUCAUGGUCGUCCUCGCAGCACUUCAAUGAGGACACCUACUCGCUUCCACCCAGGAACAUGAAGGGUCUCUCCGGCGGCCGCCCGACCCAGCUCCAGCUCACCUCUCCCCCCUCAGCCCACACCUGCGGCUUACCGGACUGCGAUCACUUACUGGACCACCACCUCCACCAUGGCAACUCGCGACCCCCUGCCUACCUCCUCAGCCCCACGGAGAGCUGCCCGCUUGAUGGCCACCGCCGCUGCUCCCCGCGGAGCUCCAUCCACUCGGAGUGCAUGGUAAUGCCGGCAUCCUUGUCCACCACUGACCACUCUGUUUCAAGUAGCACUUUCCCUCGCAUGCACUACGGUAGCGCUUCACGGGACAGCUGCGGAAACACUUCUGGUGGCAGGGAAACCCGAGAUGAUGUUAGUUCGUCCUCACACGGUGGAAGUGGCAAAAUGAACCGAAUCCCACCAAACCUCCUGGACCAGUUUGAGAAGCAGAUGCCACUGCACAGGGAUGGCUUCCACACACUGCAAUACCAACGCACCUCCACCACCACCACCACCACCACAGAACAGCGUAAUGAAAGCCCAGGACGGAUACGCCACUUAGUCCACUCUGUGCAGAAGCUCUUCACCAAGUCCCACUCCCUUGAAGGUUCCUCUAAGAUGAAUGGUACCAAAAGUGACUCUCAUCGAGAAAGCUCACACCACCACCAUCAUCACCACCAGGGGCACCACAAACACAGCAAACGCAGCAAGAGCAAAGAACGUAAAGCUGACGGCAGCGGAAAACAGCGCUCUGGAGGCUGGUGGAGUUCAGAUGACAACCUGGACAGUGAUAGCACUUACCGAACACCGAGUGUCAUGUCAAGACACCCCGUGGACCACAUCAGCCACUGCUACCCCGAGUCGGUGCACGGUCACCUGACGGGCGACCUGUCACUCAAACCCUCCAAGAGCAACAACGAUGUCAAGUGCUCCGCCUGCGAGAGCAUAAGCAUGGCGCCGGAAGGCAAGUUCAUGAAGAGGAGCUCCUGGUCCACGCUGACGGUCAGUCAAGCAAAGGAGGCUUACAGGAAGUCCUCGCUCAACCUAGAGAAGCCCAUGGCACCCACAGACCUCAAACCCAACCUCAGGCCCUGUCACUAUCUACAGGUGCCCCAGGAUGAGUGGGGGGGUUAUCCUGGAGGCGAAAAGGACGACGAGAUCCCGUGUCGUCGGAUGAGAAGCAGCAGCUAUGUUAAAGCGAUGGGGGACGAGGACAGCGGUGAGUCGGACUUCAGUCCCAAGAUGUCGCCUCAGAAGACGGUUCGGCCCGACGCGCUGGUGAAAGCCCCCAUCAGAUCCAGAGACCUGCUGGACUCCCAGAGCUCUUACCGCCUGGAUAAAAUCAACAGUGACAUGCGUAACUACAUCACCAAUUUUGCUGCAGACUUGAGUCAGAGCUACCACUUGCAGGCCGCCAGGGACAUGCGUCCGAGCUUUGCACUGGAUCCCUCUGCACACUACAACUCUCCCAAGUUUCGCUCCAGGAACCAGAGCUACAUGAGAGCCGUCAGCACGCUCAGCCAGGCCAGCUGUGUCAGCCAAGUGAGCCAGGUGAGUGAGACUGAAAUCAACGGACAGUUUGAGUCGGUUUGUGAGUCGGUGUUCAGUGAGGUGGAGUCCCAGGCCAUGGAAGCGCUGGACCUGCCCGGCUGCUUCCGGACCCGGAGCCACAGCUACCUACGAGCCAUCCAGGCCGGUUACUCCCAGGACGACGACUGCAUCCCCCCCAUGACCUCGUCCACCGUCACCUCCACCAUCAAGUCGACCACAGCAAUUACCUACACACCCAGCUACAAGAAGAACCCUCCUCCUGUCCCGCCACGCACAACCUCCAAACCCCUCAUCUCCAUCACAGCCCAGAGCAGCACGGAGUCCACGCAGGACGCCUACCACGAGGAGAGGCACCCUCACGGUGGCAUGUGGACCCCUGAUGGCCUCAGCUUAGGACUGAACCCAGGAAGGGCCCUGUAUAACUCCACUGACAGCCUGGACAGUGCAAAAGCCGUGACUAUAGCCAUGGAGGCAGCUGGACUCAUGUCCGGAAAAAGACAUCCGUCCACAGACAGCCACUGCUCCGUCCUCACCUGUGACAAAGCCAUCCUGGUGUCCAAAGCUGAGGAGUAUUUGAAGACACCUCGAUCCUCGAUAGGGAUACAGGUGGAAGCAGCCACUGACUCUGAGUCUGAAAGCAAAGGCUUGCCGGAGUACCACUCUGUCGGGAUCCAAGUGGAGGACGACAAGAAAGGACAGGGCAGGUUCAAACGCUCCAACAGCGUGACAGCAGCAGUACAGGCUGACCUGGAGUUGGAGGGCUUCCCGACCAUGGAGGACAAGAGUCUGCAGUUUGGAGGGGGCUUCCAGCGUCACUCAGAGCCCAGCACGCCGACUCAGUACGGGGCCGUGCGGACAGUACGAACCCAGGGCCUCUUUAGCUACCGUGAGGAUUAUCGUACCCCCACAGAACCUCCAAGCCCCAGGGAGACCACCAGCGAGACCACAUGGCAGCUGGAGCCCCCUUCCCCACGGGAGAGCACGGCCUCAUCAGGCGAGUCGGGCCGGGUGUCCCCCUCGCUGCGGAGGGACGGGAGCUGGUUCAUGCAGUUGCUCCACACAGAGACGAAGAGGAUGGAGAGCUGGUGUAAGGAGAUGGAGGCAGAAGCUGAAGAGAACGACCUUUCCGAGGACAUUCUUGGCAAAAUUCGAAGUGCUGUUGGAAGUGCUCAGCUGCUCAUGUCUCAGAAAUUCCAGCAGUUCUACUGGCUGUGUCAACAAAACCUGGACCCCAGUGCCAUGCCUCGAUCCACCUCUCAGGACUUGGCUGGGUUCUGGGACUUACUGCAGCUGUCCAUUGAUGACGUCACCAUGAAGUUUGACCAACUUCAGCAGAUCAAGAACAACCACUGGAGGCCCAUUGAGAGUCCAGAGAAGAAGCUACCAGCUCCUGUACCAAAGAAGACACUGCGACAGAAGAGCUCAGUGACGAGGGAGAAAUCCUUGGACCUCCCAGACAGGCAUCGGCAGGAGGCCCGCAGGCGGCUCAUGGCUGCCAAGCGGGCCGCCUCUUUCCGGCAGAACUCUGCAUCGGAGCGAGCAGACAGCAUCGAGAUCUAUAUUCCCGAGGCUCAGACUAGACUUUGAGAAGACAAAGGGUCAGGGGUCAACAAGGCUCCCUGUUCCCACGUUCAAUCAACUUUAAAAACUAGCCUUCUUUUCUACACUGCUACUGUCUCCACUCUUCCUGUAACCAUCUUUACGUAUGAUCUCGAUAGCCGUCCUCAGUGCCCAUCGCCAACACCAUUGGUCUGUAGGAUGCUCUGAGCCUUUUUCCUCCCCACAUUUGCCAAAAUAAACAGUUGCAGAAGGUACGUCCGACAUGGACUGGGUGGAUUUGUAUUUGGCUUGCAGGUGAUGACGACACCCAGCCUAUAAGCUCUCAGGCUGUGUCCUGGAUGGGCGUGUCUGUCGUUUUUCAGCAUUUGCAAAGUGCCAUUU